ACGAGUUACCAGUAUAAAAGUUUACGAAACGAUGAAGCUAACAUCAAUUUCGUACACGUUUCUCCUUUGAAAGGUGCCGUAGAAUCAAAAAGAUAUCUGAAACAACCAAUGCUUGUUAAAGCUCUACCAUUAUCUUCGUCGAGUAUAUACCUCGCAUGGAAAGGACCAAUAAACCAUCCUGGUGGUAUCAGAUAUAGGAUUUACUUAAAGAAAGAAUCACAAACAUUUCAACAGCAUAAAGAUAUCGCAGGAGCAGAAGCCAUUGUGGAUGGUCUUGAAGCAAACGUGAUGUAUGAAGUUUGUGUGAGAGUCGUGGACAAACAUUAUAAAACAGCAAGAAGCAGUUGUGAUGAUGUCGCUGUGAUUACUACACCUGCACAACUAGGUAAAUAUUACUGA